AUGCCCGCAACUGAUGGCCCCGAACGCAUCGAUCCAGACGACAUAUUGAACUGCCAACGACGAUCCGUAUACGAGCAAAUCCAGGACCACAAAUCACUGCUCUGGCUGCCAUGUGCUACCACGUCCCUGUUGACUACAAGACACCUUCUCGUCGAAAGCAAUCUGCACUACCCCCUGCAACUGUAUAGCUGGCAGAUUUCAGCCACCGCCUUCCUCGCCUUAAUCUCACAUGUAUGGCGGCGGUAUGAGCAAAACAGUGCCGAGCAAGAGCACCUGGAGAACCGACCAGUCCAAGCUACGCUCUUGGUGGCCGCUUCACAUUGUCUGCAAGCAAUAGCAGCACUAUGUAUAACACAGGCCGUACUGCACACUUCGAAUCUGCCCCUGCUGUACAUGGUAGCGACAAUUGCCUUCUUCGCUGAAGGUCUCAUACUGCACGUGUUUGCUUACACGCCUCGCUCAAGCACGGACCUUCUGCGUCUGGGUCUGCUCUUGCUGUCUUGCGCUGGAAUCUUGUUCAUGGAAUAUCGACUUCAGGUGCCGAGCUUGGUCACAUCCAUUCUGGCCGUGCUCUUGCUUGGACUGGCGAGCGCUCUAAAGAAGUUGGCUGCAAACUAUUAUCCAGGAGAGGCACCGACGCAAAGCACGGAUGUGAUUUGGCUUGUUGCUAUGGGCGCCCUAGUCGCGGCGUUCUGCGCAACUAGCGAUUGGCCCGAGGAACAGGGAAACCCAUUUGACAGCGAAAGAAUGUCGUUGCGUGCUUUGAACGCCUUCUCAACCGGAGCGGCGUUUUUGCUGGGAGGCUCAGUGCUGUUUCCCGUGGAGACUUGCCCAGCGUCCCAAGAUGCAGCGUCCCAACGCAUACGCGAUGCAUUGACGCAGCUGGCCAUGACAGCCAUCGUUGGCUGUUUUACUACGCUUUCGCUUCGUCGGUCCUAUUCGAGCUUGUACCAGUUGUGUUUUUACUUGUUCGCAAUCCUGUGCGUUUGUGGCGAUGAGAUUUAUGGUGCGAGCUGGAAACAAGCAAGGCACCCGAAAGAUCCCUACGCCAGCUACGAUUUGGUUCUCUGUCAGCACAUAACUGUAUCAGACGACAGCGAAGAGGCUGGAAUGGCUGCGAUGCCAACGAGUUGCCCGGAUUCUCAUAGCCGUGGUCUUCGCUCGUCUUUCAGCAGCGUGAUUCUGGUCAUGCUAUGGACAGCGUACGUAAGCUUCAACUUUGGACAACGCCAAUACCCGCGCAUUGAGCCUCAGCUGGAUCUGGGCUACGAAGCGAAUGGUCCUCUGGAAAUUGUCAUUAGCAUGUACAAAGAGCGGACAUCUGACGUGGCCUCGCUUAUAUCGAGGCUACAAAGCAUGCCAGACAUGUCGCAGGCACUUGUGACAAUCUAUCUCAAGGAUAGCGAGGCAGACGAAGAGCGAGUCAAGCAAGAGACGGCCGCACACAACGUCAUCAAGCUCCCAAACGUGGGGAGAGAGGCCGAGACAUACCUCAACCAUAUCCUCACCCGCUGGGACAACCUUGCCGAGCGCACCGUUUUCCUUCAAGCCGACGUGCACAACCCACGCGAGUUUUAUCCGUUCUUCGAACGCUAUUUCCGCGCAAACCAAACCGGCUUCCUUAAUCUCGGCUGGGUAGGUAAUGUUUGUAAUAGCGAUGAGUGCGGCGAUAAACAUGGCUGGCAGGAUGAGACAGAGCUGUUUCCGGAAAUUCAAUCACGCAUCGACCACUCGGUGCGCGAUGGUGUCCUGCUGAGCUACAAGGGCCAGUUCAUUGCUACCGCCGCGCGCAUUCGCGGCAUCGACAAAGCAAUAUAUGCCGAUCUCUGGAAGCUUUUGGUCGACGAAAACAGCUGGGCGCACAACGAGCCCUAUCUGCAGGGCCGCGAAGAUUCCAUGAGCCAGCCGUGGUUCGGAUAUACAAUGGAGAGAAUAUGGAAUGUGCUGUUCCAAUGCUCAGACAUGGACGUCGCAUGGAAAUGCCCUACACUCCUGAGUGGAUGGAGACGCGGUGGCACCAUCGCUGACUGCCAGUGUUUCGACACAGAGUGGAUGGAGUAG